AUGGAUGCAUUCCUCGACCUUUCCGAGUACAUUGCUCAGUGCGAUAUGGCGGAGACAGUCGAGGUCAGCGAGAACGUCCCUCGCAAUGAGGACACUCGCUCCCGACCCUCGACUAUAUGCACGAUUGCUUAA